GCUUGACGCUCAACUUCUAUUCAUUCUACAUAUUAGAUUCGGUCUUUGACUUGUUCAUUCUUUUCGACUUCUGCUUUGAAUAGCCACUCUUUCACAAGACAGGUUCUACACUCGACCAAUUCAUCAAUCAACCGCCCAUAUCCUCACUCAAAAUGAAGUCCUUCAUCUCUGCUCUCGCUUUCGCCGGUGCUGCCAGCGCCCACUGCACCAUCUGGGGUGUUUCCGUCAACAACAAGGACCUAGGCUACGGCAACUCUCAGGGUGGAUACAUUGACACGCCCCCCAACAACUCUCCCGUCACCGAUGUUACAUCCAAGGCGAUGGAGUGCAACGUAGCCAACAUCAAGGCGUCCAAGUCCAUCUCUAUCAACCCUGGUGAUGAAGUCGCUGUCCAAUGGUUCCACAACGGUCCCGGAGCCGGCGACCAAAUCAUUGAUGGAUCUCAUAAGGGACCAAUCAACGUCUACAUGUCGAAGGCUGGCUCUUCCAUGUCGUGGACCAAGAUUGCCGAGGAUGGAUGGGACGGCAAGUCGUGGGCUGUCACCAAGCUCCGCGAUGGUGCGUACAACGGAAAGAAGGGACAGCACACAUUCAAGAUGCCCAACGUUGCUGCCGGAGACUACAUCAUCCGUCCCGAGAUUAUUGCUCUCCACGAGGGUAACAGGCCUUCGGGUGCCCAAUUCUACAUGGGAUGUAUUCAUGUCAAGGUUGGCGGAUCCGCCAGUGGCUCUCUUCCUGCCGGUGUCUCGAUCCCAGGCUACGUCACCGCUACUAACCCUGGUGUCUUGUUCAACAUCUACGGCUCAUUCCAGAACUACCCCAACCCUGGUCCCAAGCUCUGGAGCGGUGCCGGUACUGCCACUGCUGCUGAUGCUGCUCCCGCUCCCGCUCCUGCUGCCGGUGCUCCUGCUGCCUCUCCAUCUCCCGCUACCGGUGCUCCCUCUACUGAGGCACCUUCCAGUGAGGCUCCCGCUGCUGAGGAACCCGAGGAGUGCACUGACGAUACUGCAGAGCCUGCUGAUGAGCCUGCUGCUCCCGCUCCUGCUGCUCCCGCUGCCUCUGCUCCUGCUGCUGCUCCCGCUACCGGUGGUGCUGAGGCUCAGAAGUGGCACCAGUGCGGUGGUCAGGGCUACACGGGCGCAACUGCCUGCGUUUCAGGCACCUCGUGCGUCAAGCAAAACGACUACUACCACCAAUGUAUGUAAAUUGGCAUGGUGGAUGACCAUGUUGGGCGAGUCCAGAGGGACGGGUAGUAUCGGUGGGCGGUAUUUGUGGAGAAGUUUGGCUUGUAGAAGUUUGUUUCUAUUUGCUGGUGGUGUCAAGUGUCAAGUGGGCUCGGCCGCGUAGGGCCGGGCUUGCGCACCGCUGGUUUUCGAUUCUCAUGUACAUAUGUAAAUUUCACGACGAAUUGGAUGAAAAUGCCUCUUCGGUUCAAUGCCUGUGCCCUUUUCCGACAUGGACCUCGUCAUGUUAGUGUACCCACCUCUGCUGUGUAAGGACCAAGAAGCUCGUCAGUGGCCAGGGGGCUACGUGUCUAGAAGCCCCAGGUGCCACGCGUGAAGAGCUACGUCUCAGAUCUAAGCUGACCGGCCAACCCGGCAAUGACAUGAGGGGCCAUCGGAGAGCGAGAGAGUGAGGCCGUGUUGCA